AUGCUGUGGAUAUUUCGUUAUUCUCUGCUCUGUGUUUCGUUCACCAACCUGGUAACCGCUGGGGAUCAAUGCAGGAUAGAAAUUAGUAUUCGUGGCAUGGCUCUCAAAGGUUUCGUUUUCAAGAGAAUGACAGUAGCAGCUCUUCAUAUCUGUGAUAUCUUAUGUGAAAGGGAAAUUACCUGUCAGAGCUAUAAUUUCAACAGAAAAGAACAGAUCUGUGAAUUGAACAACCGCACAAAGGAUGCAAGACCCGAGAAUUUCCUCUCGGAUCCAGAGUGGUUUUAUAUUCGCCGUUUCAACGGAAGAGGUAUCUAUUCAGCCAAUAAUGUUGGAUAA